AAGAAGGAGGAUGAAUUGGCGGCGCGGAUGAAUUUGAGCUGACGGAAGGAGGCGUUCUAAGAGGAAAGAGAGGAAAAGGAAAGAUGACCACGGUUCCCAUGAUUCACGCAGAGAUGACUACAUUUCCCAUGAUGCGCCGGGAAAGGGGCGUAGGAAAGAAAGACUGCAUGUCCCGCGAUGCUCUCGGCCGGCCCGUGGCGGAGAUUGAACCGGAAGACGCUUUCUGGGUUUGAGAAGUCGAGGAACUGCUACUGACCAGCCAAAAGUCCAGCAUGAAACUGGAAAGCAGAUGGAGCAAAGAAAUGGAUUCAUGGGCCACUUCCAGCUGAGGACAGUAUUGCCUGUCAGGGCACCCAACCUUACCAUGCAAUGUGCUCAAAUUCAAGUCAACCACCAUUAUGCUGGACUGUGGACUGGACAUGACUUCCACCCUCAACUUCCUUCCUUUGCCACUUGUUCAAAGUCCCAGACUGUCCAAUCUUCCUGGCUGGUCCCUAAAGGAUGGAAACGCUUUCUUGGACAAGGAGCUAAAGGAGUGCUCAGGUCAUGUAUUUGUGGAUUCUGUACCUGAAUUCUGCCUACCAGAGACCGAGCUGAUAGAUCUGUCUACAGUGGAUGUGAUCCUCAUCUCUAACUAUCACUGCAUGAUGGCCCUGCCCUACAUCACGGAGCACACCGGGUUCACGGGCACGGUCUACGCCACGGAGCCCACCGUUCAGAUCGGCAGGCUUCUCAUGGAAGAGUUGGUGAACUUCAUUGAACGAGUGCCCAAGGCUCAGUCUGCCUCCUUGUGGAAGAACAAGGAUAUUCAGCGGCUCCUGCCUUCUCCUCUCAAGGAUGCAGUAGAAGUCUCGACCUGGAGAAGAUGCUACACAAUGCAGGAGGUGAACUCUGCCCUUAGUAAGAUCCAGCUGGUGGGAUAUUCUCAGAAAAUUGAGCUUUUCGGUGCGGUCCAGGUGACUCCCCUAAGCUCUGGCUACGCCCUUGGAAGCUCCAACUGGAUCAUCCAGUCCCAUUAUGAGAAGGUGUCUUACGUCUCUGGAUCCUCCUUGCUUACCACGCACCCACAGCCCAUGGACCAAGCAUCUCUCAAAAACAGUGAUGUCCUCAUCCUGACGGGCCUUACCCAGAUUCCCACUGCAAACCCUGAUGGCAUGGUGGGUGAGUUCUGCAGCAACCUAGCACUGACAGUACGGAACGGAGGAAACGUGUUGGUCCCCUGCUACCCUUCUGGAGUGAUCUAUGACCUCCUGGAGUGCUUGUAUCAGUACAUUGAUUCGGCCGGCCUCUCCAGCAUCCCUUUCUACUUCAUCUCCCCAGUGGCUAACAGUUCACUGGAGUUUUCACAGAUUUUUGCCGAGUGGCUUUGUCACAACAAACAGACUAAGGUGUAUCUCCCAGAACCGCCUUUUCCUCAUGCUGAGCUCAUUCAGACCAACAAGCUGAAGCACUACCCCAGCAUCCACGGAGACUUCAGCAACGACUUCAGGCAGCCGUGCGUGGUCUUCACUGGACACCCUUCCCUCCGUUUCGGGGACGUGGUCCAUUUCAUGGAGCUCUGGGGAAAGUCGAGUCUCAACACGGUCAUCUUCACAGAACCCGACUUCUCAUACCUGGAAGCACUGGCUCCCUACCAGCCCUUGGCCAUGAAGUGCAUCUACUGCCCCAUUGACACGCGACUGAAUUUCAUCCAGGUGUCAAAGCUGCUGAAAGAAGUGCAGCCCCUCCACGUGGUCUGUCCCGAGCAGUACACCCAGCCGCCCCCGGCACAGUCCCACCGCAUGGACCUCAUGGUGGACUGCCAGCCUCCCGCCAUGUCCUAUCGGCGCGCCGAGGUCCUCGCCCUGCCCUUCAAGCGUCGGUACGAGAAGAUCGAAAUCAUGCCAGAGCUUGCAGACUCGCUGGUGCCCAUGGAGAUUAAGCCUGGCAUUUCCUUGGCAACCGUCUCGGCUGUGCUGCACACUAAAGAUAACAAGCACGUUCUUCAGCCUCCGCCUAGGCCCGCCCAGCCCACAGGCGGCAAGAAGCGAAAGCGGGCGAGUGACGACAUUCCAGACUGCAAGGUUCUGAAGCCUCUGCUGAGCGGCUCCAUCCCUGUGGACCAGUUCGUGCAGACGCUGGAGAAGCACGGCUUCAGCGACAUUAAGGUAGAAGACACAGCCAAGGGCCAUAUCGUCCUGCUGCAGGAAGCCGAGACCCUCAUCCAGAUUGAGGAAGACUCAACCCACAUCAUCUGUGAUGACGAUGAGGUGCUCCGGGUCCGACUGCGGGACCUGGUCCUCAAGUUCCUUCAGAAGUUCUGAGGGGAAGGCCCAUGCCACCUCCACAUCCCUGGACCCCUGUGUCCUUCACUGCAGCUGCCAGCCCCCAGCGGAGGAAGGGAAGACCCGCAGCUGGCGGGUCUCUGGCUCGAGAAAUAAAGAAGCGGCUUUUGAGAUACCUUCUCAGCACUGUUUGAGGAGAGCGCUCUCCCUUUAAAUUUGAGGCGUGUGUUCUUCCCAGGCCUGACUUCCCCAGGCAGGUAAGGCAACAGGCUGAGGAGGAGUGAGAGUGACCGCAGCUUUGCACCAGGUCAGUGGUGGGAGGAACAUGAAGGAUUACCACUUGUGGCCCAUUUGUCAGUUUCACAGGCCUCAGGCAGAGCAACUAGUCUUUGAUUUUGUUUUAUUGUCUACAGUGCUGUACCUAGUAAGAAAGAUGAUGCCAAGAAAUUAGCAAAGGUUCAUUUUGCUUUUAUAAUGUGAGCUCAUUUUGUUAAUAAAAUUUAUUUUUUAUAGAA